AUGGAAUUUGAGAGGACUAAAUUUGAGGACUACACGUACCAAGCUCUUCGCAAGCCUUCCGUCUAUAUAUAUAAACACGAGUUAAGACUUAAGAGUUAUUCCUUAGCCAUAUCAUAUCCUCACUAUCUCAUCAAUCAAAUAUUUUCUCUCUCCCAAGUCAUUUGUCAACUGCAGCAUCUUAAGAAGUCAAAACUAUUAACAGAAUUGGCUCUUCUAUUGCCUGGUACCAUGCAUGCUAAGAAGAUUCUCUGUAGGUCUGUUUCUGGUCUUGCUAAAAGCGUUCCAAAAGGCUACUUUGCAGUCUAUACUAGAAAGGACCAGAAGAAGCGAUUUGCAGUUCCCAUAUCAUAUCUGAAUGAGCCUUCAUUUCAAGAAUUGCUGAGUAAGGCUGAGGAAGAAUUUGGGUUUGAUCACCCCAUGGGCGGUCUCACAAUUCCCUGCAGAGAAGACGUCUUCAUCGAUAUCAUUUCUCGCUUAAAUGCAUUUUAGCACAGAUCACUAAAAUAGAUCAGACUAGGCAUAUUUGUACAUUCAUGUGCACUUCUUCUCCAUAGCAUAAGAGGCAGAGCCGGAAAUGUCUGCCCGGACGAUAGAAAUCAAUGAAGUUUACCAGGAAAAAAGAAAGUCUGUAUAUUCUUUUCCCAGGAUUAUUCAGGUCAAGUGCAUUCUCCAGUGAAUGAAGACGACUCGAGGUCAUGAUAGAAGGCCACUUUCCUGUUUGCUUUGGAGAAACCUAAAAGGAGUCUCGUGUUUCAACUCUAUAGCUGAAGCAUCCUUUAAAGACGAUUCACCUCACAGGUAGUUUGAAUGGCUCUCAAACGAGAUGAAAGACAUCAAAUUUACCAGUCCAUUAAAGAUGAGCUGUCUGACCACACAGACUAAAAGCCCGUCUCAUCAGUUCAUUGUAAAAUUUGGAUUAUCUAUUAUGUUCAGAAGUAAGAACUUUCCGA